CACACCAUUAAGCAACUCCGUGGAGAGGAUCUCCAACAUUUCUCAAGUAGCUGCAGACCAUCUUUACGUAUUUAUAUAAUAGUUUGUCGCCAUAGCCUAAAAGUUUUAUUGAUUUUCAGCCAUGGAUUGUGUCCUGAUGUACUAUUUUGACACGCAGAAGUCGUCCCUGCGCAAGCGCAAAAGUACGUCAUAGCGCUUUACCUGAGAGGAGCACACCUGGAUCCAACAAGACGGAAGUUCAGUGAGAUUUCAAACAGUAAAUCUUUUUGUCGCCACACAAAAAGUUUUGUUUGGAGUUUAAACGGCGAACAGACGAUCUCCAGUUAAAGAAGGAUGGCUUACGUUUAAUUUUCAGAGAGCAGCGUAAAGGACUUUGACAACCUUAACUUGCAGGUCAGCGACUCGUGAUACAUUGUAUUUUUUUUUUUUCUUUAUAAGUGAAUCCAGACCAGAGGUUCUUUGCUAAUUUCACAAGCUGAUGUUCAAUAUGUGAGCUUUUUCUUUCUUUUUUUUUUCUUCAAUGGCGCACAGGAAGCUUCAUGUAUACUUUUUUAUUACCAAAAGCUGAAUUUCAGUCCAAAGCCAGCCUGCUCUCCAUUCAAGAAGAAUGCCAGUUCUUCGAAGAGUACUCCGAAGGCGCCUGCAUCCACUUAAACUUCUCAUAGUGGCACUUGUCUUUGUCACGUUUGUGUUCUUCAUACAAUGGGAAGUCGGAAGCCAAAGCCAACACGAUGACCCGUGGCUGAAGGAAAUGGCAGUGAAGCGGGAUGCCAUGCUGGGAAUGGUGAUGGGAGCUGUCAAUAACUUCAGGGAUGCAAUGCCAAAGAUGCAGAUCAGAGCUCCUGUACGUCAUCAAGAGAAAGCAGACGGCGUGUCCUGCCUACCAGGUCACUACACUGCUGCUGAGCUCAGGCCAGCUCUGGAGCGGCCACCCCAGAACCCUCUUGCCCCCGGAGCUGCUGGGAAACCUUUCAACACGGACUCACUGAGCCCCGAAGAGCAAAAGGAGAAGGAGAGGGGUGAAGAGAAACACUGCUUUAACUUGUAUGCAAGUGACCGCAUCUCUUUAAGCAGAGACCUGGGUGCAGACACGAGACCACCAGAAUGCAUCGAGCAAACCUUCAAGCGAUGCCCCCCCUUGUUGACCACCAGCGUGAUAAUUGUGUUUCACAAUGAAGCCUGGAGCACUCUGCUAAGGACGGUAUACAGUGUCCUUCACACCUCCCCCGCCAUUCUCCUCAAGGAGAUCAUCCUGGUGGAUGACGCCAGCGUGGAUGAUGUGUUGAAGGGCGAGCUAGAUGAAUAUUUGAAGCAGCUGAACAUUGUACGAGUUAUACGCCAGCGGGAGAGAAAAGGACUCAUAACUGCUCGGCUGCUGGGGGCCUCUGUCGCAACUGGUGACACACUCACCUUUCUGGACGCUCACUGUGAAUGCUUUAAUGGAUGGCUGGAGCCUCUGCUGGCAAGGAUAGCAGAAAACUACACUGCAGUAGUGAGUCCUGAUAUUACCACUAUUGAUCUCAAUACUUUUGAGUUCAUGAAACCGUCCCCAUAUGGCCAGAAUCACAAUCGGGGCAACUUUGACUGGAGUCUGUCAUUUGGCUGGGAGAGACUACCAGAUCACGAGAAGCGAAGGAGAAGGGAUGAAACGUACCCAAUCAAGACUCCCACGUUUGCUGGUGGGCUCUUCUCCAUUUCAAAAGAAUAUUUUUACCGUAUUGGAAGCUAUGACGAAGAAAUGGAAAUCUGGGGCGGGGAGAAUAUUGAAAUGUCCUUUAGGGUGUGGCAGUGUGGCGGACAGUUGGAAAUCAUUCCCUGCUCCAUUGUUGGUCAUGUUUUCCGCACCAAAAGCCCUCACACGUUUCCUAAGGGCACACAAGUGAUUGCACGCAACCAGGUACGGCUGGCUGAAGUCUGGAUGGAUGACUACAAAGAGAUCUUUUACCGCCGUAACCAGCAAGCUGGGCAGAUUGCAAGAGACAAAACCUUUGGCGAUAUCUCCAAACGUGUGGAACUCCGUGAAAAGCUGCAGUGCAACAGCUUCUCCUGGUAUUUGCAGAACAUUUAUCCAGAAGUCUUCAUGCCUGAUCUCAACCCACUUCGCUUUGGCUCAGUGAAAAAUGUGGGCAAGGACUCAUGUCUGGAUGCUGGGGAGAACAAUGAGGGUGGGAAGCAACUGAUCAUGUACCCAUGUCACGGCCUAGGAGGAAACCAGUAUUUCGAGUACUCCACGCAUCAUGAGAUUAGACACAACAUUCAGAAGGAACUGUGUUUGCAUGGGGCGGAGGGGGCCGUGAAGCUGGAGGACUGCCAGUAUAAAGGCAGAAAGACAGUGGUGGGAGCAGAGCAAAAAUGGGAACUAAAGGAUAACCAGUUAUUCUACAAUCCAGGAUGGAACAUGUGUCUGAGUGCUCGUCACGAGCAUCCUUCUCUUGCUCUUUGCAACCCCUCAGACAGAUACCAGCAUUGGUCCUUCGUCUGAGUGUGCAAAACACCACUUUAGAAAAAGCUACUCUGUAUGAGGGGCACACUAGGACAAAAGUAUACUAUAUGCAGUUUCCAUCCAGUUUUUUUUUUUUUUUUUUUUUUUUUUUUAUAUAUAUAUAAAUUAUCACACUGUGUUUUAAUUUAUUUUUAUACAGAGAAAAGCUGAAGGAAAGCUUGGACUGAGAUUAUAUGAACAAUGAAGAUGCACUUUGUUGACAAGUGCCUCUUUUGUGUUUGACAUGUUUUCACUACUCCAUGCCGUAUUGUGUAUUUAAAGCUAACACGAACAAUUUCCAGAGACAAACAUCUACUGGAAACAAGUUGGGGGGGGGUGGUAACAGUGUCAUAGUAAGGUAUUGAACACAGCAUCAAUGGGCCUCAGCAUUGGUUCACCAGAUCUCUGCCACUCUACUGGAGGAAUGGAACUUUAUUCUUACAAAAAGUAGUCCCUCAUUUUUAUUUUGAUGUGGUAGAGAACAGUCCGCUUAACAGUGAUCCAGAGUCUCCAGCAGAAGGCAAUAUUGUAACCACAUCCUUUGUAUUGUUAUCUUGGAAGAGGCAGGAUUAGGAUUGAAAUGUGGUCUUACUAGGCUAAAAGGUGAUCACUCAGGACAACUUUGCAUUGUUUUGCAGUGACCCUCUUCUCCAAGUGGACUACAUUUAUGGCAGAAAACCGUCCGCCACAGCAUAACUGAGCCUAACCGUCAGUGUGGGGUGCAAGGGUUUUUCUUUUAAUCUGUUAACUAUCUGUAUUUGCAUCUAAAACAAAAUUAAAGAAAAAUUAGCAUUUCAUAGAUCAUAAAGAUUAAAAGUGGCAAGAAGGAGUGACAGUGAAAACCUGGCACACACAAAUGAUGGACAUUGUGCCUUUUAAAAUGUUUCUUAGAAUGAAAAACCUCUUAUUUGGUACCGUCCAGUGCCUUGAGUGUUUGUUGUUUUUUCUUUUGUUUGUUUUUUUCUUGGACAGGAAAGUGUUGUCAGUGUGGGUGAUGGUGCAUUAAGGUUAUAACAGAUUUCCAUUGAUACAGAAUUUUGGCUUUUUUUUUUUUUCUUCUUCAAUCAAAAAGGCCUUCAGAUCAAGACUGAACUUUAUACACUUCAGUUGAUUCCUAAAGUAUCCUUUUUUUCAGUCUUCCAAUUUUUUUGAGGGAAAGGAAGUUGGGUCUUAAAACUGAAUUUCAAGCAGUUAAUAUGUUUGUUUUUUAGCAUCAUGUAUGCAGUAACGACCUGUAAGUGCGGUGUAAGAUGUAUUAUUUUUAACUGCAGCACAGUUUUCCUGUAUUAUUUAUAGGUUUAUGCUUUGGUGUUUUUAAAAGGAAACUGUCAAUUGAAAAUAUUGUGCCCAUGAGACUCCAUUUGUUACAACAGGGGUUCUCGAAUGAAUUUCUGGUGCAGGCACUAGUGUUUAGAUGGCUCUGGAUUAUUAUACAUUUCUUUGUUUUUGGUGUUGUGGCGGAAGAAUGGAUAAAAUGUUUUGUGUUAGAGUGCCUUGGUGUAAAGAUGUUAUUUUGAACUGAAUAAAUUUAGUUUGGUCCCA